GCUUCUUCGGCCCCUCGGCUCCUCGUCUUACCCCUCCCCUCCCGCACCUCUCCUCCCUCCCGUUCCUGGGAACUGGAGAAGCCAAAGCUGCGGGUGGGUAGAGAAGCACUCGGCGCCUCCGGGAAGGGGCUGCGCCCGCCUCGUCUGUACCCCGAAGCACUGCCAGGUUACACAAUAUCCUCCUAUGCUUGAGACCUACAGACUACGUGUCCUACCAGAACUAAUCAAUGGUUUUUCAUCUCCUGGAGAUAAAUUAGAAACAUAAACAUGGUGCCAAAAGAACUCCUUACCUUACUCUAACUCCAGUUGAUUUGGACGUACUUUUGUAUUGAAGAGAGGUAUACAAAUUAAGGAUACCUGUGCAGAGACUCUGUCGUGUAGGAUCAUGGACCAUCCUAGUAGGGAAAAGGAUGAAAGACAACGGACAACUAAACCCAUGGCACAAAGGAGUGGACACUGUUCCCGACCAUCUGGCUCCUCAACAUCCUCUGGGGUUCUUAUGGUGGGACCCAACUUCAGGGUUGGCAAGAAGAUAGGGUGUGGGAACUUUGGAGAGCUCAGAUUAGGUAAAAAUCUCUACACCAAUGAAUAUGUAGCUAUCAAACUGGAACCAAUAAAAUCACGUGCUCCACAGCUUCAUUUAGAGUACAGGUUUUAUAAACAGCUCGGCAGUGCAGGUGAAGGUCUCCCACAGGUGUAUUACUUUGGACCAUGUGGGAAAUACAAUGCCAUGGUGCUGGAGCUUCUUGGCCCUAGCUUGGAGGACUUGUUUGAUCUCUGUGACCGAACUUUCACUUUGAAGACUGUGUUAAUGAUAGCCAUUCAGUUGCUUUCCCGAAUGGAAUACGUGCACUCAAAGAAUCUCAUUUACCGAGAUGUCAAGCCAGAGAACUUCCUGAUUGGCCGACAAGGCAAUAAGAAAGAGCAUGUUAUACACAUUAUAGACUUUGGACUGGCCAAGGAAUACAUUGACCCCGAAACCAAAAAACAUAUACCUUAUAGGGAGCACAAAAGCUUAACUGGAACUGCAAGAUACAUGUCUAUCAACACGCAUCUUGGCAAAGAGCAAAGCCGGCGGGAUGAUUUGGAAGCCUUAGGCCAUAUGUUCAUGUAUUUCCUUCGAGGCAGCCUACCCUGGCAAGGACUCAAGGCUGAUACAUUAAAAGAAAGAUAUCAAAAAAUUGGUGACACCAAAAGGAAUACUCCCAUUGAAGCUCUCUGUGAAAACUUUCCAGAGGAGAUGGCAACCUACCUGCGAUAUGUCAGGCGAUUAGACUUCUUUGAAAAACCUGACUAUGAGUAUUUACGGACGCUCUUCACAGACCUCUUUGAAAGGAAAGGCUACACCUUUGACUACGCCUAUGAUUGGGUCGGGAGGCCUAUUCCUACUCCAGUAGGGUCAGUUCAUGUAGAUUCUGGUGCAUCUGCAAUAACUCGAGAAAGCCACACACACAGGGAUCGGCCAUCACAACAGCCUCUACGAAAUCAGACUGCAUCGUCAGAGCGCCGAGGAGAGUGGGAAAUCCAGCCCAGCCGGCAGACCAAUACCUCAUACCUGACGUCUCACUUGGCUGCAGACCGCCAUGGGGGAUCAGUGCAGGUGGUUAGCUCAACCAAUGGAGAGCUGAAUGUCGAUGACCCUACGGGAGCCCACUCCAAUGCACCAAUCACAGCUCACGCCGAGGUGGAGGUAGUGGAGGAAGCUAAGUGCUGCUGCUUCUUUAAGAGGAAAAGGAAGAAGACUGCUCAGCGCCACAAGUGACCCGUGCCUCCCAGGAGUCCUCAGGCCCUGGGGACUCUGACUCGAUUGCACCCGCAGCUCCUGCCAUUUCUCAUUGGAAGGGACUCCUCUGUGGGGGAGGGUGGAGAUCCAAACCAAAAAGAAGAAAAACAGAUGCCCCCAGAAGGAGCCAGUGCGGGCAGCCAGGGCCCAGUGGGUCAGUGGCUGCCCCUACCUGCCUGAGGCUCUGAGCAGGUCCCAGAGCCACUGGUCCUCCACUGCUUACCCUUGGGGCUGCCUGGUUGACUCUCCUUCCUAUUGUUUACAGUGAAGGUGUCAUUCACAAAAACUCAAGGACUACUAUUCUCUCCCCUCCCCUUAGUUUACUUGCUCCUGGUUCUUGCCCCACCCUCAACCCUCUCCAGCAUAAAAGCUAAUGAGCUGAAGGCUUUGUCUGCUGAAGGAGCUUGAGAGGCUGGGGGUGCGGCCAAGAAGGUAGGAGGGAGAUGCAGGCCAAGGCUGGAGAAGAACCUUCUCUGCCCACCAGGUGUGUCUGGCAGUAUGGCUCCCUCUUCCUCUGUGCCUGUGCAGCCUCCAUCCUGAGCUGGCCACGGGGUGCAGGUUACUCCCUCCUUCCCUCUUGUGAAGUUACACUGUAGGACACAAGCUGUGAGAAAUCUGCAGUCUACUGUCCCCGUGUGUUGGCGUUCUUAGCUUUCUUGACAAGCGGACUCUGUUCUCCAGACAGUAGUAGAACGUUGCAAAUUGUUCUGAGCAAAGGACAAAAAAAAACUGACUUUAUUGCACUUUUAGUUUUUUUUUUUUUUUAAACAAAAAAACAUGGCAGAUGCAUAUUGUGUCUGGUUAUAUUGGGAGUUUUACUUUUUUUUUCUGUUUUGAGGGGGAUGGGGCCAGCCAAGCCAUUCAGAGAGAACAUGGGUCCAGAGGACAUUCUCAAUGGAAAGAGUUGGGUCUGCAGCACCCAGAAGAGAAGAAGCCAAACUCUGUGUCAUUCUGAGUGAACUCUCAGGUUGGCAAGGAAACAUACUUGAAUUUUCAUUCGUCUUCUCAGCUGCUGAAGAAUGUCCCUACCAGAGCCUCUUGACCUCAUCAGCCUGCAGUUUGGACAACCUAGCUCUCCAGCACAUGGGAUGAGCCAGCCAAGCCAGACUGUGACAGGAGACAGUUCAUCCCAGAGAAGGAGAUGCUUAACAACAAAAAUCUGAAAUAUCUGUUUCCUCCACUGCCAGGGACUUCCAACUAGAUAGCCAUGUGACUUCCUUAGUGACUUGGGGGACAAAAUUAGUGAUGAAACAGCCACCACUGUAUUGCCACUAGUGGACAAGAAGGAGGAAAGUGAUCCUGCCUUCCAACUGCCAGAGGAACCUCAGGAUUUGGCUCAUCAUAGGGCCAGGAAAUAAAAUUGGUCUGUACUGUUUGCCCCAAUAGCUGAGUUACAGCAUUUGGGCUGGCCUGCCUUAUCAGAAACCAAGAACCUGCAAAUCUUCUUCCAGCAGGUCCAUAGCUGCAGGCUUAGGCCUCAGUGUAUGGGGUUAUAGUGAACAGGAGGGUGAGACUGGUUAGUGCUGGAAAAUUCCUGGGGAAAGGAGACUGAAAUGAAAGGUGUGAAAUUAUCCUCUCACUUGGACUUAGACUCCUUCUAGAUGAGAUGGCCACGCAUCUAGAGCCUGUUCUCCCCGGUACACUCUCCAUGUCCAGACAUGCUGCCAUGAAGGGUCUUGGUUCCUCAUUCACUGCUUGAAAAGUCGCCAACGUAUGGAGUUAAUAGAACUUCUCGUGCUUGAUUUUCAUUUGAGAUGAGCGACUUAUCCAAACAGUGACUUCUCAUUCCAGAUGUGAUCGAGGAGAAGGGAUUAAUUACAUCAGAGAACGAGGUCUUGUAUCUGGGGGUAGAGAGAGCUAACCAUGGAGGACAGUGGCUGGUGACUUAGUCUGGGGGUUUUGGGAACACGGAAAUCAUUGCCUCUGGCUUGAGAUGUAGGGCUGUCUUUUGGACUGGAGGAUGCAGACAUAACUUUCUGGUAGUUGGUAUUUUCUGACAAGUCCCUUGAUGUGUCUUACAUGGAGCAGAGAUAGCAGCGGUAGCGUGGAUCAGAGUUACUGGGCUUCACCUGUGUUCCACUGGUCCUUGGCUAGGAAAUAUCACUUCACUGGCUUCAAAUUUGCCUAGCUUAUAUAAAGAUUGUAAUCGUUCAUUUCUUUAAAAGAAAAUUUCCUAUUAACAGAAUGGCUGGGAGAUUCAGGGUCACACCGCUUCCCCACAAGAAUUUUGAAUAUUGGGGUUUGCUUCCUUGACAUUAGCUAAGGCACUGUCACUGAAACUUACAUAGUUUCUCAGUUGGCAUUUGGGUAACUCUUCUCAAUUUGGGUAACUCUAAUUUCCCGUAUAGAAUCUUUAACCUCCACAUCCCUGUGUAGAAAAAGCCUUGCUUCUCAUGGGAGGGCAAGAGGAAAUGGUGGCAAAGUCCGGAGCAUCCCUGGCACCCCUUACUCCACUAAGUGCCUCCCCACUUCCACAAAAAAGCAAAGGCAGUUACCAGCUUGGCUGCAGGGCAAGCCCUCUUGCAGCUGGGUUUGUGACUUUUUCAGGGUCUUAACUUUCUUUUAAAGGCUCGCUAUUGCGGGAUUUAACGUGAGCAGUUGUGGGGUUCUUCCUAAUGCACUCUUCUCACUCUCGGCCCCCCCUCAGAUCUCUUACUAGAUAUUUGAUUUUUCAUAACAAAGGUGAAGAGCCCAAGUCCUUCUGGCAUGCACAGUAAUGGUGACCUUCCCAGGGCCAUUGGUACUCCAGGGCGGUUCCAGACCCCCGAGAGAGUCUACUGUGAUCUUCCUUUAAAAAAGAAAAAAAAAAAAUUUUUUUUUUUCUUUUUAAGAAGGAUACCUAAGGAGUAAUUUGGCCAUCAGUUUCAUCCCCAUCAGCACAUCCCAUCAGGCCUCCCUCCUCAGCCCCGUUGCUGUCGUCGAGUAGCUAUAUUCCUCAGCCAGGGCCUCGGGGUUGGGCACUCCCUCCACCUACCGCCCACCCAAAUCCACUUGCUCUGUAGUCUUUGAGCUUCCUUCGCUCCAUAACCAUGAUACCUAGGGAUCUUUUUCUUCAGGAUUGAUGCAGUUGCUGGGUUAGCAUUAAGCACUAACAACAUUAGGGGUUCUCCCAAGCCCUGCAGUCCUUCAGGCAUUGCAUCCUGAGCAGAUUGAAGCAAGCAGGCCAGGAAUCCACCAAGACGUAAGGGAUCCUUCCCUUGUGACUAGAGCAUGGCUGUGUCUGUGCAGUAAGGGUUGAUUACUUGCUGUGCAGCCCUUGGCGUUUCCCAGUGAUUUCACUCCAGACUGCUCUGCAAGGAUGUGCAGGGUGUGCCAGCAGCAGCGUGCUUUCAUGUCUGCCUUAAUUAACAUACUCCUGCCAUUUUGGCUUUGUCUAGGAGGAAACGGUCUAGGAAGGUACAAAGUCAGGUGAUGAGGUUGGCCUCCAAUUAAAGCCCCAUUUUAUUUUGGGAUAUAGGGCCACGGAAGACAGCAGGAUCCUGAGUUUUCCAGUAGAAGUGUUGAUUGCCUCUUCAUUCUCAGUGAACUCCAAGUUCGUAGAGACAGCCCCUGCCAUUAGCCAGAAGACGUGUCCAUCGCCUCUAAAGUACCUUCCAACCUGGUUCACUGGAAAUGUACCUUGGGAGUACAUAUUCAGUGUUGGUUCUCAGUGUUAGUAACCACUUCUGUUGUCAGAAAUGAGUGAGGGUAAGGUUAUGUCAGAGUGGUUACUAAAGAUCAUAGCCUUAACUUUUUUUUAUGCAAAAGAGACAGCUUGCUCCCCCUCCAGUGAGCAGCAUGGCCUGCAUUUUUCAAAAAUAAGUACUUCCACGGCAGCCUAGAAAGGAUCUCCUCUAAGGAACUUGAUCUUUCUUCUGAUGCAUCUCUCCCAAGUCUGCAUGCCUCGUGUGUCGCAGUCACCUCUUCCAUUUUCACAUUUAAACUAGUUUUCAUUCCCAGUGAGUUGCCCCGACAACAUUGUCUCCAGCGUCAGAGCCAUGUUAGGGCUAGAAUUUCUCAGAUCGGGAGCUUGCAUUGUCAUACAGCCGACACUGCCUUUGUCAGGCCACUGCCACCAAGCCACUAUUGCCCCAAGGUGGGCAAGUGAAUUCCAGAAACCCUUAGGGAGCCAGGAUAACUUGGCACCCCAUAUGGAUUGGCCUGAGCAGCAGGUACUUGUCUCUGGGGUUCUUGCUUUUUCCAAUGCCAACUUCAGGGCUCCAGGAAGGUCCCUCUAGAGGUUGAUGGCCAGAGUCUUCCCCAUGAUGGGUUGGUAGGAAUCAAAAUGGGAUGCCUGUGGUUUGGUUUUCUUGGGUGUUUGUUUGUUUUUGAUGGGGGAGGGGAGUGAUUGUGUUUCUGAAUAAGAAAAAGAGGAAACCAUGGCUCUUCUGAGGGUUUAAGCAGUGUUUUAGCCACAAAUAAGGAAUCUUGGAAGUCUUUGAUCAAUUAAGCAGUCUUAAAAAUGUUUUUCCUAAUUCCUUUUGCAGGGGACUGAGUGCAAAAGAAUAGGUUUCUCCAUUGUAUUCAGAAUAGUAAGUAGGUUCCCUGGAUAUAGACAGUAGUAGUUGACAUAUUUCCUCAAAAAGCGACCAGGAAGUCCACUCCAGAGUUUGUAGCUCAGCUUGUAUUACAAAGGAAAAAGUGAAUGUGUACUCCAUAUAUUUCUAGUUUGAUUACCAAACUCAGUGUUAUAAAGAAACCUCAGUUCUGUGGACAGAAUUUAUUUUGUUACUUUUCUUUUUUUACUUCUCACAAUCAUCUUUCCAGUGUCAUCACCACCUUCAAAGCAGAGGGUUAUCAAUGGUAAGAAAUGGGGAUGCAGUGCAGUCGUCCCAGUAACACACACAAGAGGACAGCUAUCCUGAUUGCCCCGACCCCGCAAAUCCCCUCUUUCAGAGCAGGUGAGACAUUUUCAGUGUUCCUCUUUUUGAGCUCCAGACCAAAUCCCAGGCCAGCCCUUAUACACUGAAAGCUUUUUUAAGAGGCUUAUCAAUCUGUUAGGAAUGUCUCAGGAAGAUGAGCCAUUUCUUUGGCGGGGGUUUACGGGGGACUGUAUCUACAGAUGGGUGUGUGUGGUUGCAUCUGUAUGCGUGUGUGUGUGUGUCUGUGUGUGCACGUGCGUGCCAGCACUCAUCUGUAUGCAUUUCACUUCCAUAAAGACUCACAGCCCACCUGAAGAAAAAAAACCUCACAGCCCAGGUUGCUGGGACCAUGUGUUCCUGAAUAUUCUCAGAAGUAAACAAGAAACAAAUGAGUUUCUCAAAUUGGUGUGGCAGCAAGCUGGCUCUGGGAAUGAGCCCCAUUUAUCAAGCAGAAGAGUAAACAGCAGAAAAAAAGAUGAAACCAAAAAUAUUAUAAGCCCUCCCCAAUGGAAAAUAAUGUUCAUUCAUCAAUUCCCAUUGGAUGUAUUACAUGCUCUAAUUUAUUAUAUUAUUAUUUUGUCUGUUUCUUUAAUCUUUGCCCAUUGUACUUUUUAAAAGAUGUUGGGAUGUUGACUGCAAUUUUUUAUGACUAGAUAAUGUAUAAAUCAGCUGUGGAAAUCAGUUUUAAUCGAUGCGUGGAUGUGUCUGAUUAUUGUUAAAUGCCUUUUUUUUUAACCUUUUAUUUUAGAUACGUAGUUUUGUUUCAUAAACCCUGGCACUGGUCUGCAAAGCUCAGCUGUGAAAAUGAAACUUGUAGUAUUUUUAAACAUGAAUGUCAAUUUCAAGGGUAUUUGAAACAGUUCCUCCAGGAGAGAGAUUUGUACACCAUUAAGUAGAAACUCCUCUGCAGAGGAAGAAGCCUUCUUUGGAGUAAAUGGAAAUGGGUCUUGAUAUUAUCUCAGAGUAGCCCAUUUCCUAGGGCACCAUGGAAAACACAAAUGUGAUCUUUAAGUAUACCUCUUCUCCAAUCUGGGGAGGAAAGGACUCAGUUUGCACCCUUUUUGUAUGUACAAUAAAAUCUCUUACCUUUCUUGGCUAA